AUGCUGCCUGGCCUGGCUUUGCUCUUCCUGACAGGCCUGUCUGCCUACUCCAUUGCACCUGACAAAGAGCUGGUGGUCAGUGAAGAGCAGGCAAGGCCCUGGAUUACCAUCACUCUCGAGGAAGGCGCCAUCCCCAGCAUUAAGUUCCAGCUGCAGGAGGUGAAGAGGGGCAAAUCCAGACAGUUCUUCGGGUUGAUGGGGAAGCGCGUGAGAGGCAGAGAGAAUGAGGAGCAGGGGUCAGAGUGA